AUGAAGGCAGUCAUCGUCACCCAGCCCAAGACUGAGGGCCUGGUCACAGAUCGCCCUGUUCCCAAGCUUCGCGAUGAUUAUCUUCUCGUCAAGACCGUCAGUGUGGGCUUGAACCCCACCGACUGGAAGCAUAUUGCUUAUCUUGCUCCUCCCGGUGUUCUUGUCGGAUGUGACUAUUCGGGCAUUGUCGAGGCUGUUGGCAAGGAUGUCAAAAAGCAAUUCAACAAGGGUGACCGCGUGUGUGGAUUCGCACACGGUGGCAAUGCAGUGCAGCCCGAGGAUGGCACUUUCGCUGAGUACGUCGUCGUCAAGGGGGACGUGCAGUGGAAGAUACCCGAGAACAUGAGCUUCCAGGAGGCUGCCACCCUCGGAGUUGGCAUCAGCACCGUGGGCCAGGGUCUGUACCAGAGUCUCAAGCUUGCACUGCCCACCGAACCCAUCAAGGAUUCGACUCCAAUUUUGAUCUACGGUGGCUCCACCGCGACUGGCACUCUGGCCAUCCAAUUUGCCAAGCUGUCGGGCUACAAGGUCCUGACCACUUGCUCGCCGCGCAACUUUGAUUUGGUCCGCAGCCUUGGCGCCGACGAUGUCUAUGAUUACAAGGAUGCCCAGGCCCCUGCUCAAAUUCGCAAGGCCACUGAUAAUAAACUGAAGCUCGUGUUCGACUGUAUCUCGCUCGAGUCCAGCGCUGCGUUCUGUGACAAUGCUAUCUCCACCGAUGGUGGCGAGUACAGUGCUCUGUUGAGCGUCAAAAUCGACCGUGCCAAUGUGAACGACCGCUUUACCCUGGCUUAUACCACCAUUGGCGAGGCGUUCACCUUUGGGGACAUCCCAAUCCCUGCCAAACCGGAAGACAAAGCUCACGCUGAAAAGUUCAUUUCCAUUGCCGAGGAUCUGCUCGCUCAAGGAAAGAUCAAGGUCCACCCCCCCAAGGUCGGCAAGCAGGGGCUGAAGGGUGUGAUCGAGGGUCUGAAGUUACUCAAGGAGGACAAGGUCAGCGGCGAGAAGCUGGUCUACAAUGUUUCCGAGACCCCUUGA